AUGAAGUUGUUCAAGAGUGUUCAUGAAUUCAACUAUGAGUGGAGCCUGGUGUCGGCAGCAAACUGGCAAAAAUACCCCAAUGAGAAUUGCCCUCAUGUUCGCCAUGUAGACGUGCUCAACCGCUGGGUGGAUCCGGAAACCGGCAUCUUGACUACCGAACGUCUCAUUACAGUAGAGCAGAAUGUGCCGUCGUUAAUCCGCAAAAUUUUGGGCGGCGGAACGACGCAAUACGUUCGAGAAAUCUCUAUCAUCGAACCCAAAGAUAAAAUUCUGACGAUGAAAAGUAUUAAUUUGACGAUGAAUAAUUUGUUGUCGGUGGAAGAGACCAUUGUUUACAGAGAACAUCCGGAGCAUAAGCAAAAAACACAAUUUACCCAACAAGCCGCUAUCACUGCAGGCAGUUUAGUGAGUCGGUGGGGAAAUGUCAUUGAAGAGUUUUCGUUGAAGCGAUUCCAGCAAAAUGCUGCUGUGGGCCGCGAAGGAUUCAACAAGGUGUUGGAACGAUUUGUGGUCAUGGCCGAAGCACAACAUCAUCAGUCUGCCGGAUCUCCGACAACCAAUGUCGCCAAGUAG